CUUGGCUUAUAUCUUAAAUAUUCAACUGUUUGCGCUCCCAAGGAAAGCAUCUUGUAUAUUUAUAGUAAUAAUAAGUAAGUAAAGAUAAUAAAGUGUAGUGUCGAGUGCAAGAUAAAUUCAUUAUCGUAACAAAUCUUACACGUUUGGUUAAUAUAAUAAACUGAAAAACCCACAAAAAGUGUUGUUGGUUUUUAUGAAGGAAAAAAACAUGCCAACUAAAGAAGAAACGAAAUUGAUGGUGAAUAAUAAUGGCUCUGGACAUUAUGGAAGUUUGUCGCCAUCUAACACGAGCACCCCCAGGAGGGUCAUUUACUGCGUCCACGGUACCCCCAGCGAUGGCUGCUGCAGGGUUUUGGAGGGCGAAAUCAUCGACAUGCCAAAUUACGAAGAAAAUUACACAUCGCACACUAAAGUCAACACGAGUACCACGGAGUUGAUUAACAAGCAUUGUCAUAGAUCAAAGGAGAACAGCGUCGACAAGAAAGCCAGGAAAAAAUUGAUCAUCGCCAGCGUACUAUGUGUCCUAUUCAUGAUAGCAGAAGUCGUUGGUGGAUACUUAUCAAACAGUCUAGCCAUAGCUUCAGAUGCAGCACAUUUACUAACCGAUUUUGCCAGCUUCAUGAUCUCCCUGUUUUCUCUUUGGAUGGCCACCAGACCUUCCACGAAAAAAAUGUCCUUCGGUUGGUAUAGAGCCGAGGUUAUAGGGGCCUUAACCUCAGUACUAAUGAUUUGGGUUGUCACCGGCAUUUUGGUUUACAUGGCAGUGCAAAGGGUGAUGUACAAAACGUUCGAAAUCGAUGCCAAAAUCAUGUUGAUAACCUCUGGAGUAGGAGUUCUGGUAAACCUCAUCAUGGGUUUGACGCUUCACCAACACGGUCACACUCAUGGAGGCGGGUCAAGUCACAGCCAUAGUCACGGUCAUUCGCACAAAGAGGAGAACAUUAACGUUAGGGCCGCUUUUAUCCACGUUAUUGGAGAUUUUUUACAGAGUUUUGGUGUUUUUGUGGCAGCUCUAGUUAUUUAUUAUAGGGAAGACUGGGCGAUAAUCGACCCAAUUUGUACAUUUUUGUUUUCCGUUUUGGUUUUGAUAACGACAUUCGCAAUUAUCAAAGACGCUUUGGUGGUGUUGAUGGAGGGCUCUCCGAAAGGAAUCGACUUUGAAGAGGUGAUGACCACCGUUUUGGCCAUCGAGGGUGUAAAACGGGUGCACAAUUUAAGAAUAUGGGCGCUAAGUUUGGACAAAAUAACCAUGUCCGCUCACGUUGCUAUCGCUCCAGGAGUGAACCCGCAAAACAUUUUGAUGGUGGCCACGAAAAAUAUACAUGAUAAAUACAAUUUCUUCGAGAUGACCUUGCAGAUUGAGGAGUUUCAAGAUAGCAUGGAACAUUGCAAUCAAUGCCAAAAUCCAUAAUUUAAUGCAAUUCUAUUUAUUAUUCAUGUUUCGAAUUUUUAGAACAAUAAUCUCUGGCUGAUGCAAAUGCCAUCUGUUGCCAGACUGCGUGUUUGUUGUUUUUUAUGGAUUGGUUCAGAUGGCGCUACUAGUACUUAAUAUGGUUUUAAAAGUUGUUACUAAAAUGU